GGAGCCCCGAACAUAUCGGUGGUGUCAGACAACGAGGCAAUUGAGCAGGUGUACAGCGACCAUCACUUUGCCUCGUCAUACGAGCAGGCAGCUGCUCUGUGCAUGAAUGCCAGCACUGAUCUUGAUCUCGGUGACACUACGUACAUCAAGUACUUGCCCGUAGCCCUCAAAGACAAUCUCGUUCAGUUAGAGACCAUACAGAGGGCUGUUUGGAGGAGCUUAUACCUUAGAAUCAGGGUGGGCGAUUUUGAUCCAGUUCCACUGGUUCCGUACCAGUGGAUCAAUGCCAGUCAGAUAAACACGCCCGAUAGUCAAGCUCUCAAUCUCAAAAUGACUGCUGAAUCUAUCGUUCUUCUCAAGAACACCGGAACACUACCACUGAAGAUCUUCAGCAUCGAAAAGUUGGCUGUGAUCGGGCCAAAUGCUAACGCCUCAACCACCUUACUUUCAAACUACCAAGGCAUUCCUGCGUUCAUAACAACCGUCUACGAAGGCAUAAAAAGCACCGGCGUGCCAGUGGAAUACGCCCCGGGAUGUCCGGAUGUGACCUGUGCUAACAAGAGUAGCUUCAGUCAAGCGCUUGCUGUUGCAGCUGAUGCUGACUUUGUGAUUGCAGUGAUGGGACUAGACGGGACGGUCGAGGGCGAGGGACACGACAGGGUAAACACGACGUGCGACUCGCAACCGGUCGACAACCUAGCUCUCCCCGGCUGCCAAACUGCACUAGUAGAGGAGAUUAUAGCCGUCAAUCCACGAGUCAUUCUGGUACUCAUAAACGGAGGCCCCGUCAGUAUCCCGACUCUUUACGCCAACAGUGGAGUUCUGGCCAUCCUUGAGGCUUUCUACCCCGGGCCCUUGGGGGGAAAUGCGGUUUCUGAUGUUCUAUUUGGGGAAUACAACCCUGGAGGAAGGCUACCCUACACUGUGCUACAUGACACCACCCAGCUCCCUGUUGCUACCGACUAUAACAUGACCACACCUCCUGGAAGGACCCAUCGCUACUACACGGGAAAACCUCUGUUUCCAUUCGGCUACGGGCUCUCCUACACGACCUUCAAGUAUUCCGGACUGGUUUUGUCUGCUAGCACGAUAACGGUGUGCAGUACACUGAGUGUAAAGGUGUCUGUUCAGAAUGUUGGGGAUGUUGCAGGAGAUGACGUAAUCCAGAUCUAUGUCGAGCCUCCGAGACUGUCGGGAAUGCCGUUUAUCCCCAAUAUUCAGUUGGUUGGUUUUGAGCGAGUCAGUAGUUUGCCAGUGGCUGGAAACUACACGGGGAGCUUCGAGGUGAAUGCCUACCUGCUGUCACUGGUGGACAGGGAUGGUGAACACUAUGUGUUCCCGGGGUCGUACACUGUCGUGGUGACUGACGGUGCCGACAAUAGACUGACUGCUCCCUUCGUCAUCGAAGGCUCUGUGACAAACGUGAAGGAAUGCCCAGGAGCACCUUCUUGUCUUGCCUGUUGAAAACACCUCACAUUACUACAGUGGAUACCACUUAAAAUAUAAUUCAUACGAGACUGUAAAUUUAAUGUACAGCUGUGGGAAUCCACAGCCAUGUUAUAAUUGGUUAUUGAUUUCAUUUACACACGUUCGCACCAUUCUUUCACACUGCCUGUCGUGAGAUGGAGCAACACAGGCUGAUUGGUGAUUACUACACUCCUUACAUGAUGGCAUAGAGAGUGUACUAUAAUAAUUAUUAAUUGGUGGGAAAAA